AUGAGACUCUGGCUGAGAGGCCUGGCCAGCCAGGCCCUGAAGAACGCCCGGGGACUCUGCGGGCCUCCGGGCCGGCCACCCCCUCCUGCUGUGUCUCGGGUCGUGGGCCCCUGGGAGGCCAUCAACCUGGGCACAAAGCCCGUGCCGGAGUACUUCAACUUUGCCAGCGACGUGCUGGACGCCUGGACUCAGCUGGAGAAGGCUGGACACCGGCCCCGGACGCCUGCGUUCUGGUGGGUGGACGGCCAGGGAGCGGAGGUCAAGUGGAGCUUCGAGGAGCUGGGGACGCAGUCCAGGAAGGCUGCCAACGUGCUGGGAGGCGUGUGUGGCCUUCGGCCCGGGGACAGGAUCAUGCUGGUGCUGCCAAGGGUCCCUGAGUGGUGGCUGCUCAGUGUGGCAUGCAUGCGGACAGGGCUUGUCAUCAUCCCAGGCAUCUCUCAGCUGACCGAGAAGGACCUCAAGUACCGGCUGCAGGCGUCCCAGGCCAAGGCCAUCGUCACCAGCGACUCCCUGGCCCCCCGGGUGGACGCCAUCAGCGCCGACUGCCCUUCGCUGAGUACCAAGCUGCUGGUGUCAGCCAGCGGCCGGCCGGGCUGGAGGAACUUCAGGGAACUGCUGCGGGAGGCCUCCGCGGAGCACGACUGCGUGAGGACCAAGAGCCGCGACCCCCUGGCCAUCUACUUCACAAGCGGCACGACCGGGUCCCCCAAGAUGGUUGAGCACUCCCAGGCCAGCUAUGGGCUGGGUUUUGUGGCCAGUGGAAGGCGGUGGGUGGCUUUGACGGAAGCAGACAUAUUCUGGAACACCACCGACACGGGCUGGGUGAAAGCCGCCUGGACCCUCUUCUCGGCCUGGCCUCAUGGGGCUUGCAUUUUUGUUCAUGAGCUGCCCCGAGUGGAUGCCAAAGUGAUCCUGGAGACUCUCUCCAGAUUCCCGAUUACCACCCUCUGCUGUGUGCCCACCCUCUUCCGGCUGCUCGUGCAGGAGGAUCUGAGCAGGUACCGGUUCCUGAGUCUGAGGCACUGUUUGACGGGGGGAGAAGCCCUCAACCCUGACGUUCGGCAGAAGUGGAAGAGCCAGACGGGGCUGGAGCUGCAUGAAGGCUACGGCCAAUCCGAAACAGUUUUGAUCUGCGCCAAUGCCAGGGGCACCCCAAUCAAGUCGGGCUCCAUGGGGACAGCGGCCCCACCCUACGACGUGCAGGUGGUGGACGACGAGGGCCACAUCCUGCCCCCAGGAGAGGAGGGCAACGUGGCCGUGCGCGUCCGGCCCACCCGGCCCUUCUGUUUCUUCAACUACUAUGUGGGCAACCCUGAGAAGACAGCAGAGUCAGAGCGAGGAGACUUCUACAUCACGGGGGACCGGGCCCACAAGGACGAGGAUGGAUACUUUUGGUUCCUGGGCAGGAAUGACGAUGUGAUCAACUCGUCCAGCUACCGGAUUGGGCCCGUGGAAGUGGAAAGCGCCCUGGCAGAGCACCCAGCAGUCCUGGAGUCGGCCGUGGUCAGCAGCCCCGACCCCGUCCGGGGAGAGGUCGUGAAGGCAUUCGUCGUCCUCUCUCCGGCCUUCUCCUCCCACGACCCAGAGAAGCUAACCCGGGAUCUGCAGGAGCAUGUGAAGAGGGUGACGGCGCCUUACAAGUACCCCAGGAAGGUGGCCUUUGUUUCAGAGCUACCAAAGACGGUUUCUGGAAAGAUCCAAAGGAGCAAGCUGAGAAACCAGGAGUGGGGGAGAUGAGAAGUGACCCCUACGAGGUCCCGCAGCCUGAGAAGCUUCUAAGAGCCCCCCCCCCGCCCCGAUUAGCCUGACUUCUGGCAGCAGCCCCUCAUCCCGCUGGUACCAGAGGCUGUCCGAUUCUUCUAGAAUCCCAGAGGGUUCGGGAAGGGGGCAGAGGGCACAGCCCGACCCAGGCUGGCAAAGGUUUGAUGGCUGAGUUGGGGUUCCCGCCCCCCACUUCACAUUUCAGGAGGCUUCCCCGGCAGUGGCCUGUGGGUCCUCCUGCUCCAGUGCUCUCUGCCAGGUCUCCUGUGACAGGGGACCUCAAUCACUGCCGUCGGGGCGUGGGGGGGGAGGGUGAC